GCUUGUGGUGCUGAUGGAUUCUGCAAGCACAAGCGAACGCGACUUUCUUCAGCUUGUUCUCAACAAAGAGAAAUGCGACAAGAUUAGCCCAGAAGCACGUCUCAUCGUAGUGCAUGAACUCAUUGAACAGUGCCGAAAGCUUGGAGUAGAGCGUGUUCUGAAGCGUAGUCGAAUCAAGUUGGUUUGGUGGAAGUAUAUCUCAUGGGUAGUUGCUAUCAUGAGAAUGGCAUGCAUAAUAGCGCUUCUGUGGAUUCUCUGGGAUUUGCGUUACUCUCAUUUCGACUACCUCGUCGUUUACAAGAAGAUCCAUACAAACUUGACUUACAAAAUGGUCUAUCAAGGUCUUGCACUAGGCAUUUUUCUAUGCAUUGUUGGAAUCCUCGCAGAAUUUCUGCUCAUUCUUGUGUUCCAAAUACAGCAUUCGUCUGCGAUUGCUUUCUUAUACGCUAUCAGCAUGAUUAUUGUAACUAUGAUUAUAACACUAGGACCAUUUAUGGCUGGUUUUCGAGCACAUUCCAAAGCAUUGAUUUCUGAUCUUUAUGCUUACACAAUCGCAGAAAAUCCACUUGAUGGGAGCAAAAUCAUAGCUGUGCACAAUGCCUACAAUUGCUGCGGCUUUCAAAACGCUAGCGACUGGUUUUCCGAAUCGCUCUUUAAUGUCAAGAUGCUAAUGACGGGUGAAUUAAAGAAUCGCACAAAUCGUUUUGGGUGGACGAUGACUUCAUGCACCAACAGAUCUUCCAAAGAACAAAUUCCUAUUGCUCCUCCUUUCUGCUGCAAAGUACCAGGCUGCUACAAAUCCAAUAUCAAGAUAACGGAAGGGAAAAUGUGUAGCAUUCCCAAAGUUGAUUUUAGCUUCUAUGAAAAUGAAAUCAAAGGAGAGUAUCCUCCACCGUAUGACAAAUUGUUUGACAAACCUUGCUUUGCUGCAAUAACUGAAGAAGUUGAUAACUUAAUUGACGCCUCUUAUAAAUGGAUUAUCUUUCUGGCGCUGCUUACCAUAGUAAUGACAGCACUUGUCAUCGCAAUUCUCCUCUACAACUACGGCCAAGGCGAACUUUUCCCGCAUUUAAAUACGGUGCGCUCCCCUCGUUACAAUGCUUUGGUGUGGUUUUUUGUAAAGCUGGACAAUAAUGAAUCUACCAUGAAGGAAGAAGACUUGACUGAUUUUAGCUUGGUAGAAGAGUUAAAAAAGUUUGACAUUGACAAAGAUUUGACUGAUAUGGAAUGA